AGAUCUUUUUUCAGAGUUACCAUGAGCCGCAACGGAGAGCUCUGUCUGCAGAAGAUCAUCGUCUCGUACAGCCCCAACAAGGGCAACCCGGCGAUGCGGCAGUUCAUGGCCACCUACCUGCCGGAGUUCUAUCGCCAGUACCCACAAGUGAAGAUCGACAUCCGCCCUCGCCAAUGGCCGGAGAGCAGCAUCACCGGCGUGUACCGCGAUGGAAGCGAGAAGGCGCUGUCCAUUAGGUUUCUCAGCUCCAUGGGCAUCAACGUACGCUUUCACCGUUUGGUGAACGAGGGGAAUGACUACAACCAGCCGUUUUCCGCGUCGCAUUUGCAUCUCCAGCGCAAGAGUGUGCAGGGGACGUGGAACCCGUAUCUGUGGAACUACGAAGGCCAUCGCGUCCGCCGCCAGCCGCCGGCGCAGUGGGAUCGCAAACUCACGGAGAAAGAGUGGGACUACUACAUCCAGCAGUACGGUGCCCAGAUGAAGGCGGAGGAGGACACCAUCGCCGACCGUGUGCGACGCUACACCGACAUCCCUGAAGCCAGCACGGAGGAGGUUCAGCAGCGGUGGAAGGAGCACGUCCUUCCGCGUCUGCAAACGGACUUGGAGUACAACAUUAGCCACUGGAAGAGGCUGCACGCACGCGGCAAGGGACGUCCCGACGCGCCGACGAUGAAUGAGUAUAGUCUGUUCUCCGUCCCGGAUCAUGCGACGCUGGGUCAGGACGCAGUUGACAUGCUGCGUAGACGGGAGACCCAGCGGGUGGAGGACUGGUGGCGCGAGCGCAAAAACCAACUGAAGCCACCAAAGUGA